GACACCGUGCCGACACGUCUGUUACUUUGGCAUGAGAUAGUCGUUUUUAUAUGCGUUCCUUGUCUCGGAUUGCGCGUAAUCCAGAAUGUAAUUGGCAGGGCAUUGGGGCUUCUCGGCACCGCGCGGGCAGGCAGAGGCAGCAAACUCCUCCGCCCUGGCACAGCUCGCUCGCGCUGCGUGAUGCGCUGCGGGCUUCAGCACAGAUAGGACAAACCGCCGAGCGCUGCAUAGCCCUGCCUCCCCGGAUCCGAUGGGUCCGGGCAAAGACAAAUACUGUUUUGCGCAAGUAGAGCCAUGGUUUCCAGCCAGGUCCUCUGUUCCAGUUUGCUACUGAAGAAGUCACUGCGUUACUUGAUUAAAUGUUUUUGUUUAGCUCUUUGAGCGCUGUAGGAGUCUCAACAAACAAAAAAAUGAGACUGAGUUGAGACAAAAAUAGGAACAAUUAAAUUCUAGCACGGAUGUUUAAUGUUUAAACAGCCUAUUCUAAACCAGGAAAGCAGAUUUUUGUAAUUGCAAUUUUUUUGCACUUUCCACUUGUAAUUUCAUAUCCGGAUGUUGGAAUCAAACUGUUUCUGAAGAACAGCAUUCUUCUAGAAAUAUCACUUUCUCCAAUUUUUUUUUUCUUAUAGCAGGAUCUUUGAUGACCACAAAGCACUCACAGACCCAGUCUACCCUUGCAAAAAGUCUAACUUCAACAAGUACAAAUACUCCCUAUUUUAAAGUGGCAGAAACUACAGAAAUGCCAUCUUAUGUGACUAAAUGCCCUAGCAAUGGGCUUUGCAGUAGGUUGCCACCAGACUGUAUGACAUGCAACACAAACUUUUCCUGUAUAUAUGGGAAGCCAGCCACUUUCGAUUGCAAAGUCAAGCCACAUGUUCAUUGUGUUGAUCAGAAUAACGACGAGCAGGAGAACUUUACCAUUAACAUGACAUGCCAAUUUUGCUGGCAGCUUGCGACAACUGAUUAUGUAUGUACCAAUUCUACAAACUGCAUGACGGUUUCUUGUCCACGACAACGAUAUAAUGCCACUUGUACAGUACGGGAUCAUAUUCAUUGUCUAGGUAAUCGUGUCUUUCCUAAGAUGCUCUAUUGCAACUGGACUGGAGGUUAUAAGUGGUCUACUGCCUUGGCGCUAAGCAUUACCCUCGGUGGAUUUGGAGCAGAUCGUUUCUAUUUGGGCCAGUGGCGGGAAGGUCUGGGAAAACUCUUCAGCUUUGGUGGACUUGGAAUAUGGACGUUAAUUGAUGUGCUCCUAAUUGGUGUUGGCUAUGUGGGACCUGCAGAUGGCUCGCUCUAUAUUUAAAUAUAGAUGCAGUAUGUUUCAGAGAGGGGUAGUUGUUUGGAAAAGGGCAUAAAUAAAAGAAUGUAGAAACUGAGCCUUUAAGGUGGAAUGAAGAACGACUGUUCUUUAUAUGUGUGUAACGUUUUAAUGUACAGUAUCUGUACUUAGUUUGCCUUUAACUAAGGUAAAAUAAAAGAGUGGAUCACUGAGUAAGUUGAAAUUCAUUUCCUUUUCUUUAUGGAUAUGCUAUUUUUCUAUGAAAAAAAAAGUUGAACAGAUAACUGAAUUCCACGCUGUUCUUGAACUUGAUCCUGUCAAGCACCAAAAGAGAUGUAAACUAACUUGAUACUGUUUACUUCAUAUUUAUAUGUUUGAGAUGAACUACAAAACUAAAUUCCCUAAAUAUGUCAGUAAUAUAUUGUUUUCAUAUUUGUGGGAGGAUAACUUAUUUGCCUAAACCUGAACUACCUUAGCAGUAUGUAGAUUGUUUUGACGUUUUAUGAUCUUAAUUAUGUUAAUCUCUUCCUGGGUAUAGCAAGAUCUAACAUUUGUGUAGUGACUUGUUGACUUAAAAGUGUGAAAGGGUUUUAGAGUUAGAUUGCAGUAACGCUAACAGCUAAACAUGAAAUAAUUAAGAUAUGGUUUAGGAUCAUCCUAAGAUGUCUUUAUUUUGGUUGGGUUUGACCUGGCACAUCAGUGAAAGCUACCGUGGUUCUUCUUGUGCUAGCAGACUUGGAAGUUAAUUCCAAAAAAGAGGUCUGGUAAUGUAAUCAAUACAUUUAUCCACUUAAGACUGUGUAACAAGGUAUUUCCUUAAUGAAGUAUCCUCAUGUAGCAAACUGUAGUGACAUUACUGAGGAAUAGCUUAGUUUCGUUCACUUAAAUACUGAAACCCGGCUUGCCUACCUCUUUGCUCUGGCCUCUGGCAGUGCCCUAUUACACUGGACUUGAACUCUUGCUUGUGUAGUACUAAGGUGCAGUGAAUAUGAAAAUUAUGACUUGAAUAAACUUAAAUUGAAGCUUC